GCAAUUUUUUCCCCGGCCUUAAUGCCUCGUAACAGCACACACACACGGCCGCACUUUCUGCCUCAACCGGCGGGGUGACUCAUCCCGAAACAUUUUAUUCUGAUCUUACCCCGCGGUGCACACGAACGAGUCUCUGCAACGCUGACUGCCAGGACGUGACAACGAGCAACAGCCCACCAUGUCCAUCGACUUCCCCGCCGAAGAGGAAACCGUCCUCAAGAGGUGGCGGGAGAUCAACGCCUUCCAGCGGCAGGUCGAGCUGUCGAAAGGCCGCAAGCCGUACACCUUCUACGACGGCCCUCCGUUCGCAACGGGACUGCCCCAUUAUGGCCAUCUGCUGGCUUCCACUAUCAAGGAUAUCAUUCCGCGGUACUGGUCGAUGAAGGGGUACUAUGUCGAGCGUCGUUUUGGCUGGGACACUCACGGUGUGCCUAUCGAGUACGAGAUUGACAAGAAGCUGGGCAUGUCUGGGCUGCAGGCGGUCGAGAAAUUUGGUAUCGAAAAGUACAAUGAGGAGUGCAGGGCCAUUGUCAUGAGGUUUGCUUCGGAGUGGCGCCAGACCAUUGAGCGGCUUGGACGCUGGAUCGAUUUCGAUAACGACUACAAGACCAUGAACACCGACUUCAUGGAGUCUCGCAUCAUGCCUUACUCGACGGCGCUCAAUACCCCUCUGAGUAACUUCGAGGCUCAACAGAACUACAAGGAUGUGCAGGACCCGGCUGUUGUCGUGACUUUCCCUCUACUGGAUGACCCGGAGACUUGUCUGUUGGCCUGGACUACUACGCCGUGGACCUUGCCUUCCCAUGUCGGCCUGGCGGCGCACCCUGACUUCGAGUACAUCAAGAUCCAUGAUGAAGCCUCGGGCAAAAACUACAUCUUGCUCGAAUCGCUGCUUCGCACACUCUACAAGGACCCCAAGAAGGCCAAGUUCAAGAUUGUGGAUCGCUUCAAGGGCUCACAUAUGAAGGACUGGCGCUACGAGCCUCUGUUCGACUACUUUUAUGAAGAGUUCAAGGAAUAUGGGUUCCGCGUGCUGAUGGCCGAGUAUGUUACUGCCGACGAUGGUGUGGGUAUUGUCCACCAAGCGCCUGCUUUUGGUGAAGAUGAUUACAGAGUUGCCAUGGACAACGGUGUGAUUUCUGAAACCCGUCUGCCUCCCAACCCUGUCGAUCCCCAAGGCUGCUUCACCUCCGAGGUCCGCGACUUUGUCGGACUUCACGUCAAGGCGGCCGACAAGCCCAUCAUCAAGCACCUCAAGGGAACAGGUCGUUUGAUCGUCGACAGCCAGAUCACUCACAGCUAUCCGUUCUGUUGGCGAUCCGAUACCCCUCUGAUCUACCGGGCUGUCCCCUCUUGGUUUGUCAAGAUUGGACCCAUCAUCCCGCAGAUGCUCCAGGGCAUUGAGGAGUCCCACUGGGUUCCAUCUUUUGUCAAAGACCGCCGGUUUGCCAGCUGGAUCCAGAAUGCCCGUGACUGGAACAUUUCGAGAAACCGUUUCUGGGGUACCCCUCUCCCAUUGUGGGUUAGCGAUGAUCUGAAAGAGGUGGUUGCUAUUGGCAGCGUUGAGGAGCUCAAGAAAUUGAGCGGAUAUACAGGCGAGCUUACCGACCUCCACCGUGAUAAAGUUGAUCAUAUCACCAUCCCUAGCAAGCAGGGUAAGGGUGAACUGCGCAGAGUGAGCGAGGUCUUCGAUUGCUGGUUUGAGUCCGGAAGCAUGCCAUAUGCUUCCUGCCACUACCCCUUCGAAAACAAGGACUUCUUCGAGAAGAGCUUCCCUGGCGAUUUCAUCGCGGAGGGUCUGGACCAGACCCGUGGCUGGUUCUACACCCUGACUGUCCUGGGAACACACCUCUUUGGCAAGCUCCCGUUCAAGAACUGCGUCGUGAACGGCAUUGUCCUUGCCGAGGAUGGCAAGAAGAUGUCCAAACGAUUGAAGAAUUACCCGGACCCGACACUUAUCAUGGAUCGCUAUGGUUCGGAUGCUCUUCGACUCUACCUCAUCAACUCGCCCGUGGUGCGCGCCGAACCGCUCCGGUUCAAGGAAUCGGGUGUCAAAGAGAUUGUCGCCAAGGUUCUCCUCCCCCUGUGGAACAGUUACAAAUUUUUCGAGGGACAGGUCGCUCUCCUGAAGAAAGCCGAGGGCAUCGACUACGUUUUCGACCCCAAGGCUGAGGCCACCAACACCAAUGUCAUGGAUCGGUGGAUUCUCGCCAGUUGCCAGAGUCUAUUGAAGUUUGUUAACCAGGAGAUGGCCGGCUACCGCCUCUACACUGUUGUUCCUCGAUUGCUCGAGUUGAUUGACAACACCACGAACUGGUACAUCCGAUUCAACCGCAAGCGCUUGAAGGGCGAAUACGGUGUUGAUGACACCACCCAUGCCUUGAACUCGCUCUUCGAAGUCCUGUACACUCUGGUCCGGGGUCUGGCACCGUUCACCCCCUUCAUCUCGGACACCAUCUACCUGCGACUUCUGCCUCACAUCCCCGAGUCGCUGAGAAACGAGGACAGCCGAAGCGUUCACUUCCUCCCCUUCCCUGAGGUGCGCGAGGAGCUCUUUGAUGAAGUGGUUGAGAGACGUGUUGCCCGGAUGCAAAAGGUCAUCGAGCUUGGUCGUAUUUCCCGCGAGCGCCGCUCCAUCGGUCUCAAGACCCCCCUGAAGAGCCUGGUCGUGAUCCACCAGGACCAACAAUACCUGGACGACGUCCAAUCGCUGGAGAGCUACAUCCUCGAGGAACUGAACUUGCAGGAACUUAUCCUCUCCUCGGACGAAGCCAAGUACAAUGUUCAGUACAGCGUGAGUGCUGACUGGCCCACGCUGGGCAAGAAGUUGAAGAAGGACGCCCAGAAGGUUAAGAAGGCGCUGCCCUCGUUGUCCAGCGAUGACGUGAAGCGAUUUGUCACCGACAAGAAGAUCCUUGUCGACGGCAUCGAGCUUGUCGAGGGUGACCUGGUGGUGAAGCGUGGCCUGAAGGAAGACGAGAACGGCUCCCAGGGCCUGGAGACGAAUGCCGAUAACGAUGUGCUCACCAUCCUCGACUCCAACCUCUACCCAGAGCUGGCCCACCAAGGCCUGGGCCGAGAGAUCAUCAACCGCCUGCAGCGCCUGCGCAAGAAGGCCGGGUUGAACGCCACAGACGACGUGAAGAUGGAGUAUGCGGUGCUGUCCGACCCCGACAGCGUUGGCAUUGCCGAGGCCUUCGAGUCGCAGUCCAGCGCCAUCGUCAAGGCCGUGCGUCGGCCGCUUGACAAGCGUGAAGCUGUGGAAGGCCAGAUCCCCAGCGCGACAGAAGAGGAUGUCAUCCUCCAGGAGGAGGCCGAGGUCCAAAAGGCGACCUUCCUCCUGAGACUGGUCAAGUUGUAGAAAUCUCUCGGGUGAAGAGUAAAAUAACGCUUAUGAUCAGAAAAAUAUUAUCCUUAUUUAUUUAUUGUCUUCGUCUUAUGAUGACUUGGUAUGAACUAAAUAAUCUAUAGAAGUAAAUAAUAACAAACAAUCAGCCAGAACAAAGAAAGCUCAAGCGCCAUAUAAGCCAAAAUUCUGUACCAGCCAUUUAUAUCUUCUUUGAUGCCGCCUAUAAAGAGUCAACCUUCACCGCAACACUGCUGCCCCCUCUCCUAGUACAACAACAUACCAGAUAACAAUCCUUUAAACGCAUAAACUCCUUUGCGCACAUAUCCUUCUGGACUGCAUUGUAAUCCGCCACGACGCAUUUGCCAUACGCCGCCGCCUUACAGCAGCGUCAGCAACGCAGCACACCUACACUCGAGCUGGGGAUGGGAGGAGGAUAUAAGAAC